AUGGAUCCCAGCGAUAAGAAGCUGACCGGCACCCUUAUGUUGGCCGUGGGAGGGGCAGUGCUCGGCUCCCUGCAGUUCGGCUACAACACCGGGGUUAUCAAUGCCCCCCAGAAGGUGAUUGAGGAGUUCUACAACCAGACGUGGGUCCACCGCUAUGGGGAGAACAUCCUGCCCACCACGCUCACCACGCUCUGGUCCCUCUCCGUGGCCAUCUUCUCCGUGGGGGGCAUGAUUGGCUCCUUCUCGGUGGGCCUUUUCGUUAACCGCUUUGGCCGGCGAAACUCGAUGCUGAUGAUAAACCUGCUGGCCUUCAUGGCCGCCGUGCUCAUGGGCUUCUCGAAACUGGGCAAUUCCUUUGAGAUGCUGAUUCUGGGCCGCUUCAUCAUCGGCGUGUACUGCGGCCUGACCACGGGCUUCGUGCCCAUGUACGUGGGGGAGGUGUCCCCCACGGCCCUCCGAGGGGCCCUGGGCACCUUGCACCAGCUGGGCAUCGUCAUCGGCAUCCUCAUCGCCCAGGUGUUCGGCCUGGACUCCAUCAUGGGCAACAGGGAUCUGUGGCCCCUGCUGCUGAGCAUCAUCUUCGUCCCGGCCUUGGCACAGUGCAUCAUGCUGCCCUUCUGCCCCGAGAGCCCCCGCUUCCUGCUCAUCAACCGCAACGAGGAGAACAGAGCCAAGAGCGUGCUCAAGAAACUGCGCGGGAUGGCGGACGUGACCCGGGACCUGCAGGAGAUGAAGGAGGAGGGGCGGCAGAUGAUGCGGGAGAAGAAGGUCACCAUCCCCGAGCUGUUCCGCUCGCCCCUCUACCGCCAGCCCAUCCUCAUCGCCGUGGUGCUGCAGCUGUCCCAGCAGCUGUCCGGCAUCAACGCCGUCUUCUAUUAUUCCACCAGCAUCUUCGAGAAAGCGGGCGUGCAGCAGCCUGUGUAUGCCACCAUCGGCACCGGCAUCGUCAACACCGCCUUCACGGUCGUGUCGCUGUUCGUGGUGGAACGAGCUGGCCGGCGGACGCUGCACCUCAUUGGCCUGGCUGGCAUGGCGGGCUGUGCCGUGCUCAUGACCAUCGCGCUGGCAUUAAUAGAGCAGGUGCCCCAGCUGUCCUAUCUGAGUAUCGUGGCCAUCUUUGGCUUUGUCGCCUUCUUUGAAGUUGGUCCUGGCCCCAUCCCAUGGUUCAUUGUAGCCGAACUCUUCAGCCAGGGCCCCCGCCCGGCUGCCUUUGCUGUUGCCGGUUUCUCCAACUGGACCUCAAAUUUCAUCGUGGGCAUGUGCUUCCAGUAUGUGGAGCAACUGUGUGGUCCCUACGUCUUCAUCAUCUUCACAGUGCUCCUGAUUCUGUUCUUCAUCUUCACCUACUUCAAAGUUCCCGAGACCAAAGGCAAGACCUUCGAUGAGAUUGCUUCCGGGUUCCGGCAGGGGGGAGCCAGCCAAAGCGACAAGACACCCGAGGAGCUGUUCCACCCCCUGGGAGCCGACUCCCAGGUGUGA